UGAUGACGGACAAAGAAUUUUCAAGAUACAUUCCUUCAUAUGGCGACCGAUUGGCUAUUGCAUCAUUUUGUCGACGAAUGGAAGCUAACUUUGACAAGGAGGGCAUUUUAAACAGAAUUAGGCAAACAAUUGAAACAAGGCGGAUGAUGAGCAAAAGACAUGUCGAAGUACCCCAGCAAACAUCUGUAGGAAAUUCUGGCUUGAUGGCAAAGCCUAAAAACAGCAACGCGGUGAAAUCAAAACGCAGAAUUGAAGUGGGAUGGCUGCACUUUCAAAGCGGGGAUUUUCACCAAGUUAGGUCUAAAUGUGGAGGUGGAACCAGACACCUUGAAAUGGAGAAAACCACCACUGUGUCAGAAGUCAUGACCACUGCAAAAGAGUUGUUUUUUCCUGGUGGACUAUCAUCAAAGGGCUCCAUUAUGGACUUCACACUUAGCAUGUGUGACUUUAAAAGACAAGCUGUACCUCUAGACAGUACUCUUUCAGAACUAUAUGAACAAUUUAAAUCGAAAAUGGUACGGCUUUAUUUGUGCACAAAGGAGUUGGAGCAUUCAUCCGAGGACCAAAAUGAUCUCUUUGAACAGCCUCCCAAUGUUGGAAGAGUUGCUCAACACUCAACUUCUGCCCCUUCUGCUGAGCCAUUAACUUCAAUGAAGUCUUUGCAAGGCUAUACCUCAGGGGAAGCGGGGCACUCAAGCCAGUACCUUAUCACAGAUGAAGCAUUGCUGAGUCCACAACACAGAGCUUUACCAGAUGGAACUGAAGGUCAUGAUCCUGUGUAUGUCAUUAGAUGAUGAUGUGGAACUUUUACAUCCUGCCUUGCAUUCAACACCUGGUCCUUCAAACCAGGAAACUGAGUAUUUCUAUGGAAUUCAUAGUAUGGAAAACCCAGUGGUAAUGCAAGAAACCGAAACAGUGAUGGCCAACUUCAACAGCGUUAAUGGUCUGGAUGAGAUGGAGGAUUCUGGAGUAGUUCAAAUAGGGUCAAGGUCAGAUGAUGGUGAUGGUGAGCUUGCUUCUACGCUUCCCAUGAUAGACAGUCAUCCUGAGAUGGAAGCUGGAAACGUUUCAGAAGUAAGUGUUUUGUGUUAAGGUUUCAUUUGCUUCUGUAUAUGAUUUGUUUGCUUUAAUAAAAAU